AUGUACGUUUUCAAAAGAGACGGUCGUCGUGAGCCUGUUCGCUUCGACAAAAUCACAGCCAGAAUCUCUCGUUUAUGCUAUGGUUUAGAUGAUAAGCAUGUUGAUCCAAUUUCCGUGGCCCAGCGUGUGGCUACCGGUGUCUACGAAGGUGUCACUACCAUAGAGUUGGAUAAUUUGACUGCAGAAACUGCUGCGUACAUGACCACUAUUCAUCCAGAUUAUGCUACUUUAGCAGCAAGAUUAGCCAUCUCAAACUUACACAAGCAGACCAAAAAGCAUUUUUCCGAUAUUAUUGAGGAUCUUUUCAACUACUAUAAUCCAAAAACCCAUAAGAAGUCUCCUAUGAUUUCUCAACAGACCUACGAUGUGGUGAUGAGACACAAGGAUGAGUUGAACUCGGCUAUUAACUAUGACCGUGACUUCAAUUACAACUACUUUGGUUUUAAAACCCUGGAACGUUCCUACUUUUUGAGAAUCAACGGCAAAGUUGCCGAGAGACCUCAGCACUUGAUCAUGAGAGUGGCUGUUGGUAUCCACGGAGAUGAUAUUCCAAAAGUUAUUGAGACUUACAACUUGAUGUCCAAGCGUUAUUUCACCCACGCUUCUCCUACUUUAUUCAACGCAGGUACCCCACGUCCUCAGAUGUCUUCAUGCUUUUUGGUUGCCAUGAAGGAUGACUCCAUCGAAGGUAUCUAUGAUACCCUAAAGCAAUGCGCAUUAAUUUCUAAGACUGCUGGUGGGAUUGGUUUACAUAUUCAUAACAUUCGUUCCACUGGUUCCUACAUUGCCGGUACUAACGGUACCUCCAAUGGUAUUAUUCCUAUGAUGCGUGUCUUCAACAGCACGGCCAAGUACGUCGAUCAGGGUGGUAAUAAGAGACCUGGUGCCAUCGCCAUCUACUUGGAACCUUGGCACUCGGAUAUUUUUGACUUUGUCGACAUCAGAAAGAAUCACGGUAAGGAAGAAGUCCGUGCUCGUGACUUGUUUCCUGCCUUAUGGAUUCCUGAUUUGUUCAUGAAGCGUGUUGAGGAGAAUGGCAUGUGGACCUUGUUCUCUCCUUCUGAGGCUCCUGGUCUUUCUGAAGUUUACGGCGAUGAAUUUGAGAAGUUGUAUACUCGUUACGAGAAGGAAGGUCGUGGCAGACAAGUUGUCAAGGCCCAAAAAUUGUGGUAUCACAUUUUGGAAGCUCAGACUGAGACAGGUACCCCAUUCAUGUUGUACAAGGAUGCCUGUAACAGAAAGAGUAACCAGAAGAACUUGGGUACCAUCAAAUCUUCCAACUUAUGCUGUGAGGUUGUCGAAUAUUCGUCCCCAGAAGAGGUUGCCGUUUGCAACUUGGCCUCAUUGUGCUUACCGGCCUUUGUCGAAUCCGACGACAAGGGCUGUUCUUACAACUUUGAGAAGUUGCAUAAGAUUGCCAAAGUGCUUACACGAAACUUGAACCGUGUCAUUGACAGAAAUUAUUACCCAGUCCCGGAGGCACGAACCUCCAACAUGAGAAACAGACCUAUCGCAGUGGGAGUUCAAGGCCUUGCAGACACUUUCUUCCAGUUGCGGUUGCCAUUCGAUUCUACUGAGGCCAGAAAGGUGAAUAUUCAGAUCUUUGAGACCAUAUACCACGCUGCUCUCGAGGCUUCUUCUGAGAUGGCUGCUGAAGAGGGUACAUACUCAACUUAUGAGGGGUCUCCUGCUUCUAAAGGUAUUCUUCAGUACGAUCUUUGGGGAAAAAAGCCUACAGAUCUCUGGGAUUGGGAUACUUUGAAGGCUAAGAUUGCCAAAAACGGUUUGAGAAAUUCUCUAUUGGUUGCUCCAAUGCCUACUGCUUCCACCUCUCAGAUCAUGGGUUACAACGAAUGCUUUGAACCAUUCACUUCUAACAUCUAUCAAAGAAGAGUUCUUGCAGGUGAAUUCCAAAUCGUUAAUCCUUACAUGUUGAGAGACUUUGUCGACAUGGGAAUCUGGAAUGAUGCUAUGAAGAACUAUAUCAUUCACGAUAAUGGUUCCAUCCAGCACUUGCCUAAUGUUCCUGACAAGUUUAAGAAGUUGUAUCGUACGGUGUGGGAACUUCCUCAGAAGGCUAUCAUUGAUAUGGCAGCCGACAGAGGUGCCUACAUUGACCAAUCACAAUCCAUGAACAUCCAUUUACUGUCUCCAACAAUGGGUAAAUUGACUUCUAUGCACUUUUACGGCUGGAAGAAAGGAUUAAAGACUGGUAUGUACUACUUACGUACUCAGGCUGCUGCUGCUGCUAUUCAAUUCACUGUUGACCAAAAAUUGGCUAAAGAAGCUGGUGAGGUUAAGGCUAAUGUGGACGGCGUUGAAUUUAAGGACUAUGUCCCUAGAGAAACCAGCGCUGUUGAAAACGUCCCAGUUGUUAUGGACGAUUGUGUUCCAUUGUCUGCUACUAACUCUCCAAUCACAAGCUCUCACGACUCUACUCCUUUACCCGAGACUGAUUCUGUCUCGACUUCUGUUGAGACUUCGAUGGUUGAUCUUUCCUUAAAGGAUAAUAUACCGGAAGAUGAUAAACAGGAAGAAAAUGAAGACACUGAAGAGCCCGAGACUGCUGUUACAAGUGAAAAGAAACAAGCCGCUGGCGAUGAUGAGGUUGAUAUCUACAAUUCCAAGGUUAUAGCUUGCGCUAUUGAUAAUCCUGAGUCUUGUACUAUGUGCUCCGGUUGA